AUGCAGGGAUGGUUUGGCGGCACCACCGGCUUAGGGCAGACAAGUGGGCUGCGGCCAGGGUCAAGUUUGCGACCAGGCUCACAGAUGCGCCCCGGUUCGCAGCUGCGCGGGGCGCAGGUGGCCGGCGUGGGUGGGAGCCUGCAGCAGCCGGUGGCGGUCUCAGCGAAGGCACCGGUGACACUAGAGGGAAUGCGGGCCGCAACGCGGUCUGGUACUGCCGGGCCGGGGCGUCAGGUGGGUGACCGCAGCUACUACAUUGGACUGCUGCGUCCAAAGAUUACGGAGCUGACGACGGAGAUUCAGCACCUGAACGAGCAGGAGAGCCUCAUUGAAAAAAACAGUUCCGUGCUGGCCCAGCUGCAUCAGCGCAACAAGAGCUUAGCGGACGAGAUCGCAAAGUUGAAAGGGACUCUUGCCGAUAUUAACCUGGCUGUGGAGAAGAGUACCUCGCAGGAUGCCAACAGUGUGAAGGAUCAGGCCACAAAGCUUACACACCUGAAUGUUGAUCGGCGCAAGCAGGUGGACCAGCUGUUUCUCCAUAUGAAGGAGGUGGAGACACAGACGAAGAAGAACCUGCAGAUCUUGGAGGAGGAGAUACAGCAGCUGGAUCGCCGCAUUAUUGCAGAAAACCAGGACUAUAAUCUUUACAACACCACCAGGAAUGAGGCGUACGGAGUUUCAGACGCGGUGCUCAAUCUUCAACACCAGGUGCGCACUUUGACAGCGAAGCAGGAGCUGCACAUGGCACAAAUUGCGACAGACACGGACAAGCGGCGGGCCGCGGAAGUGCUGCGGGAGAUACUGCGCAAAAGGCAGCUGAGGGAGGAGCUUACAAAACAGUGUGCCCUCUCUGUCGAGGAGGAGCGGCAAUUACUUAUUAAGCAAGUUAAAACCGCCCGCGGCGAUAUUGAGGUGCUGGAGCGCCAGGUGAACGAAACACGCGAUGCCUUGGGGGAGUCUAAGAGCCGCUGUAAUUCCCUAGAUGAGGAGUUAAAAAGCUACAGUGGCGAGAACCUAAAGGCUUUUCAAGAGUUGCAAGAUAAGGACCGUGAGCUGCAGUCCUUCAUGGAUUCCCUUCCCGAAAGGCAGAAGGAGGAAUUGGACAAGAUUACCGCGCUGCAGGCAAACGUUUCCUUGCUGCUUGAACGGGUCUCGCAAGCGCUAGAGUUGCGGAAGCAGAUACCGGCGGAAGGUGCCCCUCAUGCGUUGCACGCGCUUGAGAGCGAGGUGGACGCGAGGCGCAACCAGAUAGAGAGUGACCAGGUCACGCACCAGCGCCUUGAAAAGGAGUUGCUGGACCGCAAGGCGGAGCUUCAAAAGGUAGAAAAUCUUGACAUCAAAAUCAAUGCUGAGCUGCAGGCACACGCGCGGAAGAUGGAAGAGCAGUCGCAGGAGAUGGUCAGAUACGCCGACCUGGAUGGACUGCGUCGCAACGUUGAAAGACGCCGCGAAGACCUCGCGAAGGAGCGGACAUUUUUGAUGAAGCUUCGGGACUCCAGCAAGCAGCAGUUAAACACCCUUAGCGCGUCGAAUGAGGCACUGCAGAAGCGCCUUAGUGAGGAGGCCACCUUUCGCUCCAUAUCUACGCUGGAAGGUCGUUUGCGGCACUUGCGGCAGUCUAAUUUUUCGUUGGAGGAGUUUGUGCGUUUAAAGGGCAAGGAGAGUUAUUACCUUGGCGCCAAGACGGACUGCCUGCGCCUCGUCGAGGAAAUCAACCUGCUGCUGAAAGACACCGACCGCACCCGCGGUGUGGGGGCACCCCCCGUGUUGCUUUUGGGCGACCAGUGA